AUGCUAGAAUUAGGGGUUACCAGUUCUGCAUCAGAAACCCUGACUGCAAAACAGAAACCCAAGACAUCAGAAUUAGGGAUUACCAGUUCUGCAAAAGAAACCACUGCAUGCACAGAGGCCUCACGUAAGCCUAGGAAGAGGGGCAAGCGGAAAGAGAAACCAUCCCCAAUCUUGUGCAAAGAUAAUGGCGAUGGCGUACGAGCAAUAUCACUUAUGCCCUGUAACGACCAGGGCCAACCCUUGGCUCCCAUCGCAUCACAGCAGGAACGAGACCCUACAAUUUCACGGAUUCGCCAGUGGGUAACAGAUAGGGAUAAACCAUGCUGGGAAGCCGUCAAGGAUGCUGGACGUGAUGUGAUCACCUAUUGGCGUAUGUUCGAAGAUCUGCAAAUUUGUGAUGAUACGUUGGUGAGGACAUGGAUUCCACCCAGGAAGGCAACGCCUGUGUUUCAACAGAUUGUCCCGCCAGGACUUCGUCCACAGAUUUUGGAAGAAACCCACACAGGAGUUACUUCUGCCCACUUGGGACGGCGGAAGACAUUGGGCAAAAUGAAGAACCGAUUUUAUUGGCCAGGAAUGACAUCAGAUGUCGCUGAGUUCUGUAGAACUUGUGCCCAGUGUGUGGCAUGCGGGAAGCCCUGCCCACGGAUGAAGGCUCCACUACUGAGCAUAACAUCGCAUGCUCCCCUUGAGCUGGUCGCUACAGAUAUCACAGAAUUGCCUGUCAGUCCCAGGGGUAACCGGUACUGCUUGGUAAUUGGGGAUCACUUCACCAAAUAUGUGAAUCUGUAUCCCAUGAAAGAUCAAACAGCCAAGACAGUGGCUGAUAUCAUAUUCAGACGCUAUGUAUGCGAACAUGGCAUGCCAGAGGCAUUCCAUUCAGACCAGGGACGACAGUUUGAAGCUGAAAUAGUCCAGGAACUAUGCACCAUGCUCGGCAUCCAGAAAUCCAGAACGUCGCCAUACCACCCAGAAGGUAAUGGUAUGAUUGAAAGGUUCAACGAAACACUGAAGAAUUCAAUAGCUAAGGUUACGGUACAGCUUGGAACAGAUUGGGACCUACACCUGGGACCAGUGCAACUCGCCUACAACUCGAGUGUACAUGAGACCACUGGACUGUCCCCUUUCUAUCUGAACCAUGGGAGAGAACCUCGUUUGCCGGUAGAUGUGGUCUAUGGCUGCCCGACCAAGGACUACUGGAGCUCAGCUAGCCGCUAUUCCAAGGCUGUAUUCCAGGAACUUCAAGAAGCCUUUCAGGAGGCGCAAAAGACAGCUACCAUCAGUCAGGAGCGACAGAAAAAUGUCUAUGACAAAUGGGCAAGGCAUCACCCAUACCAAGUGGGUGACAAGGUAUGGCUUCACACAACGGUAUCCAAAGACAGGCACCGGAAACUGGCUUUGCCAUGGAUUGGUCCGUACAUUAUUGUCAAACGGAUGCAGACAACAGCUGGCUUGCCAGGGGUUACUUAUCGUAUACAAAGUGAGGAUGCCUCCAAACGCCAACGGUUAGUGGUUCAUCACAAUCGGCUGAAGCCAUAUGCGGCACCAAGGAUACCACGGCCACUGACCGAUAAGAAUCAUGAAGAUGUAGCAGAGGUAAAUCCUCCUACUGUUCAAGCUCCACAGAGAAUGUUUUCCCCAAUAGGGGCAUUUCCAAUUGGCCCAGUUGGAGGAGGGUUUGGCGGUGGCAUGGGGUUACCUGUCGCCCCCGAUCCUGGUCCUCCCACGGAACCAGCGGUUGUAGCAGUAGAAGAGCAAAAUGCACCAGAGGAGGGUGAGCCAGGUGUUGACAUGGGUUUACCUGCUGACCGGCCACCUCCAAUACUAGCAGAAGACAUAGACGAAAACCACGAUGCUGAGGUAGCUGAUGACCUACCCGCGGCCCAGCCACCGGAUCAAGCAUCUGAAGAUGAUCCGCAGGAAGAGCUUGCAGAUAGCAACUCGGACCAGGGCGGAGAGGCUGAGUUUGAACCCCCAGAUGAAGACAAUUACCACGAUGCAGCGGACCAGCUGCCAGUUCUAGACGAGCGUGAUGAGGGCGAACCCCCUCCUAAUAUACCAGCGGCAAACGUACCACCCCCACAGGAUGCUGGUCGGCCAGAGGCUGACCAAAUGGCACAGGAAGGAGAUAUGGAAAUAGAGGCAGCACCGGAUCCUACCACGACCAGGAGCGGACGAGGAGUGCGAGCACCGGUAUAUCUUCAUGACUAUGUACGGAAUGUUUCAACCCUUUAA